AUGCUGCAGCGACAGCAGCAGCAGCAGCAGCAGCAGCAGCAGCAGAAGCAGCAGCAGCAAGUAAAGACAAAAGCUGUAGCAGGAAAGCAAGACGCCCGCAGCAGCAGCAAGAACGGUGGCAAGUCGCCAUCACCAGAAACCGCAGCAGCAGCAGCAGCAGCAGCAGCAGCAGCAGCAAUCGCAGCAGCAACAACAGCAGUAGCAGCAGCAGCAGCAGCAGCAGCACAGACCGAUUUCUUUGGACUCCUUAAGGCCCUUUGGUUGUUGUGGCAUUUCCAUUUGUUCAUGAUCCAACGAAUGCUGCAGCAGCAGCAGCAGCAGCAGCAGCAGAUUAAAUGCAAUUGCAGCAGCAGCAGCAGCAGCAGCAGCACACUAAGUGCAACUGCAGCAGCGGCACCAGCAAUAAGAAGACCAGAGAAAAGCCACGGCAGCUCUACAAAGACCCAGCAGCAGCAGCAGCAGCAGCAACAGCAGCAAAGCAAUAUCCGCAGCAGCAGCAACAGCAGCAGCAACAGCAGCAGCAGCACUGCAGCAGCCCACCUGUACCCCCUCAUUUUCGAAAAGCGACUGCAGCAGCUGGGCAUCUCCCGCUGCUGCUUCUCCUGUGCCCAGCCAGUCUUCCCUUUUGCUGCUGCUGCUGCUGCUGCUGCUGCUGCUGCUGCUGCUGCUGCCUGCCAGCGCUUUGAGUUCGUCAAUUUCAGCAGCAGCAACGGCGUUCAUGUAGCUGCAGCGAAUUUUGUUCCUGUACCUGCAGCAGCAGCAGCAGCAGCAGCAGCAGCAGCAGCAGCAGCACUUGCUGUUUCAGUCCCGCUGCUGCUGCUGCAGCAGCGGCGUCUAUCCACCGCAGCAGCUAAACCCUUGGCAUUCGUUUUCGUCGCGCACCCCAACCGCCUCGCCAGAGAGCUUAGGGUUUAG